AUCUAUUAACUUUAUAUUUUAUAGUCUGUAUACUUUUUGGACUGUGGAACAUCAUCGGUAUUCUGCUGCUCAAUGUUUCCUGCCUAAUCUCAGGUAUCAUACAAAUGGUGGUUGGUUUUAUAGUGAUGGCACUGGAAGCGCCAUGUUGCUUCUUUUGCAUAGACUAUGUAAACGAUGUGGCUACUCAAGUAGAACAACGCCCAUUAUGGAAUCGGGCUGCCUUCUACUGCGUGAUCGCUAUACCGCCAAUAAUUUUAUGCCCAGGACUGGGUAGUAUUUUCGCAUGUGGUCUUGUAUUUGGCACUGGUGUGAUAUAUGGUCUCAUGGGACUAGGUAAAAAGGCUUCCGCGGAAGAAAUGCGCCAAGCUGCUGUUCAAUCAGGCUUAGCGGGCACACCAGGCGCCACAACGAAUGAUCGCGCCAGUAUUGUGAACAAUGCUCAACCAUUUUCCUUCACCGGCGCGGUAGGCACAGACAGUAAUGUGUGAUACUGUAAACUUGACUGUAAAAUUCAAACAAACCUUUGGGAGCGUUGCACAGAGAAACAUUUGGCAAAUGCAAAAAAUAUAACUAGGUUUGUUGUCGCGAUCAGUUCCCGUUAUCAGCGUACAUUGUUUACGUAUACUAUGUAUGCAUUGCCAGAGUGCCUCCAAAUUUGUUAAAAAAAAAACUAAGAGUAAAGAAUUGAAAUGGGAAAUUUUACAUGCAGUGUAAUUCACUGUGGCAUCAGAGUGAAUGAUGAUUUCGAGUGAAUUGUCUCAGCCAACACCGAUUAUUAGCGCCUUCAUUGGUUUCUAAGGAUUAUGUUAUUAACGGUUGGCUUGCUAAAUACUACUAUCAUAUGCAUAUAAUAUGAUUUAUUUCAAAUUAAAGUAACGAGGAUGGUGAAAUAUGGUUUGCAUCUACUUUUUAAAUAUAAAUUCUUAAUAUUCAUUUGUUUAUUAUUUUUCUUUUUGUCUAGAUAUCUUAAAUUUAAGCUAUUUAUUGCAUCAGACAUACGCUAACACAAGAAAAUGUACUUCGUCUGCUUAUUUGUACUGAUAUGUUUGCUAGUUCUUUUGUACUCGUAAUGAAAAUACUUAUUUGUGGCAUUCCAUUGUGCAGUGAAGCGCUUGUAAAAUUAAAAGAUUGAUAGAAAGACGUUAUCGAAUUUCGUGCUGUAUUU